UUUCAGUUUUCACUCCCUUCUCCAACUUUUCCCAUCACAAUAAAAAAAAAGGAAAACCCUCUAAUCUUAGUUUGGCAACACACAACACACAGUUCCAGUAACAAACAACUCUACAAAAUUCACAAAAAUGGUUUCUCUCAGUUUCCCACAGUUCCACUUCCAUCUAUUUCUGAUCAUUUCAGGUUUGGGAGUGAUAUCCACCGUUGAAUCAAAGACACAUUGGGGUGACGCACAAGUUCUGAAGGAACUAAAGAACAAAAUCGACCCCUCUUCUCUGACUCCAGGUUCAUGCGUAAGCUCAUGGAACUUCACCGUGGACCCAUGCGACAACCUCUUCACCGAAAAGUUCACGUGCGGUUUCAGGUGCGACUCGGUUGUUUCCGGUUUAAGCCGAGUCACCGAACUCAGUCUCGACCAGGCGGGUUACUCCGGAUCCCUCUCCUCCAUCUUCUGGAACCUUCCCUACCUCGAAACCCUCGACGUUUCAAACAACUACUUCUCAGGCCAAAUUCCCGAGUCAUUUUCAAAUCUGACUCGCUUGAGUCGACUCAGUCUUUCGCGAAACUCGUUCACCGGCGAAAUUCCCUCUUCCCUUGGCUCCCUCUCCAUGCUCGAAGAACUCUACCUGGAUAACAACAAUCUCGAAGGAACAAUCCCUGAGAGUUUCAAUAACGGGCUCAAAACCUUGAAAAGGCUUGAAAUUCAGUUCAACAACCUCAACGGAGAACUUCCGAAGAAUUUUGAUUCUCUCAAAAACCUUAACUACUUAGACCUCAGUGACAAUGGCGUCACCGGAAAAUUGCCGGAGGCUUUACCGGAGUUUUUGGUUCAGAUUUCAAUGCGAAACAACUCCUUAAGCGGUUAUUUACAACCCGAGAGCUUCACGAAGCUGAAAUAUCUUGAGGUUCUUGAUUUGAGUUACAACAAUUUCAGUGGCUCAGUCCCUUUCAGUCUCUUUCAGAUUCCCUCACUGGAGCAACUAACACUCUCUUUCAACAAAUUCUCUUCCAUGAACAUAGCGUCACGUUACGCAUUGGACUACUUGCAAAGCGGACUUAUAGCGGUUGAUCUGAGCAACAACGAGAUUGAGGGGUUCUUGCCGAUGUUCUUGGCGAUGAUGCCGAAGCUUGCGUCUUUGUCAAUGGAGAACAACAAGUUGAGUGGUAUGAUACCGACUCAGUUUGCAUUGAAGACGGUUUUGCCUGAACCGGGGGUUUCGCCAUUUGAGAGGCUUCUGUUGGGAGGGAAUUACUUGUUUGGAGGUAUACCGAGUCCUCUAAUGGCGCUUAAACCGGGUUCUGCGAAUGUGAGGCUUGUCGGUAAUUGCUUGUAUCGGUGUCCUCUUAUCUUCUUUUUCUGUCAGGGUGGCAACCAAAAAUCGUAUCAAGAAUGUAAGAGAUUCGGACACUUCAUCCCUUAGAUUAUGUGUUAUCAAAAUUCAUUUCCAUUCUUCUUUCUUCAACUUCACUAUCCUUUCUCCUUUCAUUAUUAUUUAGGUGGAAACUUAGAUACGGUGGAUUUCAUUGAUAUUGAGAGCCGUUACUCAA